UGGGAGAUGCGAGUGAUAUUCCGGACGAGAAGGAGGAUGAGGGGAUGAUACAUUCUUCUGACUUUGCACUCAGCCCUUGAAAACCUCCUAUAUCAAGAUGCCAUCUAGGACACUUGUGACGCGGGCUCUGCACCGUUGCAAGUCUCCAGCGCCCUCUCCCACAGUGUCGCAUCCAAAGCCAAAGCCACACUUGGCCAAUUACUCCCUACAGCAACCUCGUCAGACACCCUCUGAAACUUCCUUCGCAUCACCUCACGCGCCUCAGUUGCCGAAACCUAGACGACCAGUCUUUAGUCCAGGUGGAUUUGGACUUCAUUCGAGUCGAUCCAAGGGAAAGCAUCGUGCUGAUCAAGCUGCGACCACAACAUCAGAAGAGUCCGAGGCAAGCUAUGAGCCUCCUACUGCGACAUUAUCAUAUCAUUCUCCCAAUUCGCUACCCUUGCUAUACUCUCCUGAGCCUCUACCGCCCUAUGAUCUGGCGUAUGAGACCUGGGGCAAGCUCAAUCCCGAACGGUCCAACGCCAUCCUGAUCCACACUGGGUUGUCCGCCUCUUCUCACGCCGCAUCAGGUGGAAAUGGUGUAUCUUCCAAUACUUCCUCCAAAUCCGGAUGGUGGGAAUCUUUCGUUGGUCCUGGCAAAUGUAUCGAUACAGAUCGCUUCUUCGUGAUCUGUACAAACGUUUUAGGAGGUUGCUUUGGAUCCACUGGACCUAGCUCUCCAUACCCUCUUGGAGAAGGCAAUGUCAGAUGGGCCACUCGAUUCCCUUUGCUCUCCAUUCACGAUAUGAUUCGGGCUCAGCUAGGUCUGUUGGAUCACCUGGGCAUCGAAAAGCUUUAUGCGUCCAUUGGCAGUAGUAUGGGAGGCAUGUCGACAUUAAGCUUGGCUUACAUGGCCCCGGAGAGGGUUGGCAAAGUGGCCAGUAUCAGCGCUACGGGGCGCAGUGGAUUGAAUGGUGUAGGUAUGAGAUAUGCACAACGAAGUGUCCUCAUGGCAGAUCCCAAUUGGAACAGGGGCAACUAUUACGAUGGCGUACCUCCUCACAAUGGCAUGAAGCUUGCUCGACAAAUAGCUACUAUCACCUAUCGCUCCGGGCCAGAAUGGGAAGAACGAUUCGGACGUCGAAUGCUCUCAGAACAAGAGACCGACGAAGCGGGCCAUGCGGGAAUACCCAAGCUCGGUCCAGACUUUCUCAUUGAGACGUACCUCGAUCAUCAGGGUGAACGAUUCUGCCUAACGUACGAUGCCAACUCGAUGAUAUAUAUCUCCAAGGCCAUGGAUCUCUUUGACAUGACUGCUCCGGCUCUCACCGCGUUGGCUCAGAAGUUCUCCGAGGCAUACACCGACCCCUCUGUCCCUCCCUUUCCAUUCCCCAAUGAUCCGACCAGUAUCACCGCCUCUAGACCCUCCGAUCCGAGAAUCCCAACGCAUCAUCAAGAAUCUGCAGAACCCGACGAAGCAACCAAGAAGAAAAAGUUCAUCCCUACUUCCAAAUCGCCUCAUCUUAGAGAGCUAGCAGCUGGUCUCAAGCGUCUAAAGGAUAUACCGAUGCUUGUUCUCGGCGUUCAAAGCGACGUCCUCUUCCCGGUCGAACAGCAGAGAGAGCUAGCGGAUGCUCUUACGCUUGCGGGAAAUGAGCAUGUCACAUAUUAUGAGCUGGGAGGAGUCUGGGGACACGACACUUUCCUUUUAGACUUGCAAGGCGUAGGAAACGCUAUUCGAGGGUUCCUAGGAUCAUCGUAGUGGGAGAAUUGAU